AUGCUGGUCCUCCCGCCAGGUCAGGACCCCCAGCAGGCCCGUCCGGUCUGGGACCCCGAGGGGAAGGAGGUUAUCCUAGCGGCCCGCGGGGAGGAGGUGGAGGGGGCUACCAGGUUCAGGGCGGGCGUGAAGGAUAUCAGGGUCAGGGCGGAUCUGGAGGAGGAUACCCCAAUCAGGGCCAAGGAGGUGGAAGAGGGGGAUACGGUGGACGGGGCGGUUAUAGCGGCGGAGGUGGCGGCGGAUAUGGUGGCGGCUCUGGGCCAGGUGGAUAUGGUGGAGGAGGAGGCUAUGGAGGUUACCAAGGCGGACCAAAUGGCCCGAAUGGGACGACGAAAGCGAGAGGCGGAGCGAGCAGCUGCAGUCGCCGAGGCAAGGAGACAGGAGGAAGAAGGCGACUUGCCAAUGGAGCCUGAGCCUGAAACAAAAGCUGCCGGAUCAGACGAUGAAGAAGAGGGCAUGGACCCAGCUUUGGCGGCCAUGAUGGGGUUCGGCGGUUUCGGUACCACCAAAGACAAAAAGGUAGCUGAUCAAGUGGUCGAGGGUAAGGCGCAGGUGUAUAAGGAGAGGACAUGGAGGCAGUAUAUGAACCGUCGGGGAGGAUUCAACAGGCCGCUGGAGAAGAUGAAGUAA